AUGGUAAUUAUGGGCUUAUGGUAUGAAUUGGCAAUAUUCCCAAACGUUCCUGGUCAGAUUAGUAAAUGUAAUAAAGUUCAUCUCAGUACUACACCAGAAGAUGAAUGGGCCUUCACAUUCACCGCUACUUCGUUACGUGGGGGUGGGCAAGCUAAAUUAGGGUUGAGUGGUUUGCCAAUGAACAAAGCUGCUAUUCCUAUUCGCAUGCAAAUUGAGCUUAGCAAUCCUAGAUUUGAAAUAUUCGGCACUGUUUUGGACACUGAUUACAAAACAUAUUACUUAGCACAUAUACCUUUAUGGUCGUGCACCAAACAUAAAUGCCCUAUCGCCAAAUAUAACGGACCACAUAAGGGACCUUGUUAA